AUGCCUUUCAGUUCGCAGAAAUAUAUCUGCGUGGGUGCGGGUCAGGAUUACCUGAACAUGAGCCGCCGUGAUCCAAAUAACACGGCGGCGAACGGGUGGAGGAGCGGAAAAAACCCUGUCCUGGCCACCCCCGGAGAAAAUUUCGCAAAAUUGCGUUGGGGGUGGUCGGGUCUGUUCAAUAUGGGAGUUGGUGAUUAUCAUCAUGAUAAGUCUUGGACCAGCCCCCCUCCCGGAGAAAAGUUCGCAAAAGGAUAG